AAAACACACACAACUGGGUAGUGAGAAAGAAGUGUGUAGGGUCAUAUUUCAAUCUUUCUCUUCUUCUAUAAAAACAGACUCUUUUCUUCUUUGUAUUCUCAUUUUUAUAAACUCUCCUUAUACAUAAACAUAUCUCUCAGGCCCUAAGAAAAAAGUUUGUUUUUGUUUUGCCAAAGUCGAUCGAUAUAUAUUGAAGAUGAAGAUGGGAUCAAGUCAAAUCAUGGGAGGUUCAAAGAGAAGGGUGUCGAGUAAAGGACUUGGAGCUGUUCUUAAAGAACAAAGAGCUAAGCUUUACAUCAUUCGAAGAUGUGUCGUCAUGCUUCUUUGUUGGCACGAUUGAUCUUUCUCAGAGAUUCAUCCUCAAUCAUUAUGUAUAAAGGCCCGGCUAGCUUUCGUGUGUUGGAGAGAGACGAAUUGUGAUGUAUGGAGCUUAACCGGGCGGAUCGGGUUUGAUUCGACGCGAGAUUGUGGAUGAAUCGGUUAAGAGAGUUUGACUUGGUUCUGAUUAGACCCCUCCCCAUCUUUUAGCAAAUUCUUCUUGUUCUUUGGAGCAAAUAUGGGGAAUUCGAUGAAUUAGUGGAGGAGAGUGCAAGAUUGUAAAUAUUGACUGGAUAAUAUAUAGAGAGAGUUGACAAAAAUUUUGUAAUGGCUUUUGGCUUUGUUCAAUGAUUUGCGGUUAAUGUAAAAAUAAUCGUUACCUUAUAUUUUCAACCUCAA